AUGAACUCCAAUUUCUACACUGCCGAAAUCGAGUCUAUGCUCUCACUCAACACUCCAUUGGAGAACGUUGAAGCCAGAUGGCAAAGAAAAGCUCGUGAAGCCUCCACUUCCGACCGUUUCAUGCCAUCCCUCUCAAACUUGGAUAUCAGUCACUUCAACUUGACCAAGGAAAACGUUGAGCUUAACACCCUCUACGCCGACUCCCUUGCCUCCUCCAUGUUUGCUGAGCAAUCCUCUGAUUUGCAAUCAAAGAUCCUCUCCUACAAGUCCAAAGCCCCAGCUUCCUCCGCCCUCGCCAACUCAUCCCUCCGUGUCCUUUACUCUCAAUCCAAGGUUGCCGACGUCCAAGCCCUCCCAAAGAAGGCUUUCCGUCAAAUUCCACAAGUUCCAGAGCGUAUCCUCGACGCCCCAGAUAUCGUCGACGACUACUACCUCAACUUGUUGGACUGGUCCUCCCAAAAUGUCAUCGCCAUCCCACUCGGUAAGACUGUCUAUCUCUGGAAUGCCACUACCUCUGCCAUCCAAAGAUUGUUCACUGUCGAGUCUGCUGACGAUUACAUCACCUCGCUCCAAUGGACCAAAGACGGUUCCCACUUGGCCGUUGGUACCAACAGCUGUGUUGUCCAACUCUGGGACGUCGAGCAAACCAAGAAGGUCCGUGAAAUGCGUGGUCACACCGGUCGUGUUGGUGCUCUCGCCUGGAACAACUACAUCUUGUCCUCAGGUUCCGCUGACACCAACAUCUUCAACCACGACGUUCGUAUCCAAAACCACCACGUCUCAACCCUUGCUGGUCACCAACAAGAGGUCUGCGGAUUGAAGUGGUCACACGACGGUACCCAAUUGGCCUCCGGAGGUAACGACAACAUUGUCAACGUCUGGGAUGUCAACAACGACGCCGGUUUCGAAACUCCAAAGUUCACUUUCGAGCAACAUACCGCCGCCGUCCGUGCCAUCGCCUGGUGCCCAUGGCAACAAAACUUGUUGGCCACCGGUGGUGGUGCUGCUGACCGUACCAUUCGUUUCUGGAACACCCAAACCGGUGCCUGUUUGAACCAAAUCGACACCAUGUCCCAAGUCUGCUCCAUCCAGUGGUCCAUCCACCACAAGGAGUUGGUCUCAAGCCAUGGUUUCUCCCAAAACCAACUUUGCGUCUGGAAGUACCCAACUAUGGCCAAGGUUGCUGAGCUCACUGGUCACACCAGCCGUGCUCUUCACACUGCCAUCUCCCCAGACGGAGAAACCGUCGUCUCUGCCUCUGGUGAUGAGACUCUCCGUUUCUGGCGUAUCUUUGAGAAGGAAAACAAGUUGCCAGUUGCCCAAAAAUCCAAGGAAUCCUCCUCUGGUUCUAUGUUGAGAAGCAAUUUGAUUCGUUAA